GCAUAUCUCUUAACUGCUUCCUCAUGGUCACACUGAUUUUUGCAGCUUCAGGCCAUUCUGAAACUGCAGUCAUGCUAGAAGUUGUCCUGGAACAAAUCUGAUUAUUCAGUUCCAUUUAGACUUGUAGGGGCUCAGUGAUUUACAGCCGAGGUAAUGGAUAUUUCAUUAGUUCUCUAUAUUUGGAAAAGUAAGAAUUCAAGUCCUUGCUACCUAAAAAAAAUGCACAUUUGAGGGUGCUUGCAAAGGGGAAGGGUCCUGGCAAUCAAAUGCCUAAUUUGGAAGCCUGUCCGAAUAGUUUUGAAAGAGCACAAGGACCUGAUCAGUAGGAUAGUGAGCUAUCACCCAUACUAAAAGACAAAUAACAAAUGCUCUUUCCUCUUUGGAGAUCUGUGGGAAGUUCCUAAGAAUUCUGUCUGCAGUUGCUUUUCCAGAGCUAAUCAAUCCAUUAGCUUGAUGAUUUGAUGUUCACAAUGUGGUUUUCAACAAGUCAAAGUCUGCACUGAUGAAAAACAAGAAGAUAAAUUACUCUAAUCAGCAAAAAGUCAGGAAAUGGUAUCUAUUUGCCUCCCAUACUUACUCUUUGCCCCUUCAUGGAUGCACAUGUUACUUUCCCUCCUGAAUGCUCACCAGAUUUGAUCCUGCUCAGCCUUUUUGAGCUCAGUCAGGUUCUGCCAUCUAGCUGGGCAAACGCAAUAGUCCCCACAUCCCAGAAUCAUGAAGUCACCUAUGGAAACAUACUUGAAAGGCCAAAGGCUACCUUUGAGAUCUGAGCAGAUCUGGUCCUGCAAUAAAGUGGAUCAUAGGAUCUUACCAGGAUCUACUGGCUAUUCCAAUGGAUUUGGGGGAAACCCUGAGUCCAUUUGUUUAUUCCAUGUUUUCCAAGCAACAGCAAGUUCAGGUCAGUUGAGUGAUCUUCUUGUGCCUGAAUCAUUAAGCAGCAGCAAUAUGCAGCUCUUGGAUCGAAUGAACACAAUGUUCUUUUCAUUCAAAAUAAAGCUAAGAUUAUAGUUUUCCACUUGAUCUACUCAAGAAGUGAGAGAAGUUUUAUGUUAAAUAACUAUUGCUCUUAAUAGUCCAUGGUUUUAUUCAUCGAGUAUUCGUACCUUAGGAAAACAUCAUACAGAAGAAAUCAGAAUAUCAAUGAUGCCUUUGUAUUCCCGUAAUGGUUCUUCUGAGAGUCAUUAUUGACUCAGUUCAAUUAUUGACUCAGUUCAAUUCUCUUCUAUUGACUCAGUUCAGUUGUGGUUGCAGGGUUGAAACUGUGCUCUAAUGGCCUUGGUUUCAGGACACUCUUGUGUUUGUCUAAAGCAGCCUUCCUACCUCACAUCUCCAAUAUGAGUUGGGACAUGCUGGCUUACUAAAGCCUGGUCUACUGAUUCAUGAUACGAAAGGGUGUCAUUUGAGAUUUCAUAUGGGGAAAUCACACUCAACAAUCUUCUCUUCAUUCAGAAAACUACCACAGCAAGGAAGGGGCCUGGAUAGAACCUGACCUUUCUGUGUUUUUACUUUCUUUAUCUGAAGUUUUCUUCAUUCAUUUUCUUCAUAUUCAGAAUGGGACCCUCCCAGGCCUCAACAAACCUGGUCUCCAAAAAUCCCCAGUAGAAAACAAAUCCAUCCGACUGAUCUUCCAUAUUGAUCUCCCUGCCGCAGGUUGCAGUCCAUGAGCUGGGACAUGGGAGUUUGGGAGGAAGUCACUUCCUAAUUGGAAAACAAAGUUCAAGAGAUACAGAAAUGAAUCCUUGUUUCCUGCAUUUUGCUGAGCAAUCAGAUCUUUUCCUCCUUCUGAUACACCAUUGCUGGAUUGUAGGCAGAUAUAUGCGAGGGCAAGUAGGUCUUCAGAAGGAAAGGAACAUUCUCUCCACCUGUGGUGGGACUCAGUAUACAAGGUCUUAUAUCUUUUGAAUAUUUCAUCCUCUUAUGAAUUCAUCUCUUUGGAAUCAACUUGUUUUGCCAGGUGAAUUUCCCUCCAUAUGUUAUAGUGGAAGACUUUCAUAACUUUCCCCCCCUCAUCAAGGGCUUUUCACCCCAUUUCAAGUAUUUGCCAAAUAAAUAAAGUUUGUAAGCAAAAUAACGGCUUGUUCAACCCCACCCUUCCCUAGGUUCUAUUUUACAUGAGAAGCACAUACCAAAGCUCCACUUAAAUCUGAUAUUUCCCAAGCAUAAAUACAGUAUAAACCAGAUGCUUUUGAAACCAUUCCUUCUUGUCACCGUGGAAAAGAAUGGUAGGUUGACCUCGGAAAUUACAGUGAUUUCAAUUUGCACAUAGCUGUCAGUCUUAAUGGUUAAAAUUAUUCUUUUGGGUUUUGGAGAUAAUCCAUUAUGUUUUGCAUUGCCAUAUUUAUUUUUCUUUGUUCUGCUGAAUUCUAUGGUGUACUUUCCCCACCAUGACAUUUUGUUGCUGGGUCAGAUAAACAUAAUAGGAACAAGCAACUUUGAGUGGGUGAACUUAGCAUUUGAAAUUUCAUAAUUAAGGUUUUGAAUGGGUAAUAUGAUUUGCUUCAUUUGUCAAGCCAUGCUGCAAAACGUUAAUGCAUAUUCUUUUCUUUUUCUUUUUUCCAGCUGAGCAGAAAUGACAUCAUUUAUGUUGCUCUGUGUGGCAGCAAUUCUGGCUAUUUUUUCCCUACCAUGUCAUGGGGAGGAGGGCAAAUGUUCAGGGGCUCCAGGAAUUCCCGGGACCCCAGGGGCUAAUGGGCUACCUGGAAGAGAUGGACGAGAUGGCAUGAGAGGGGAUCCAGGACCACCAGGCCCUAUGGGACCCCCCAAUGGCUUGCCAGGUGCUCCUGGAAGAGAUGGGCUUCCAGGACCAAGAGGGCUGCAAGGUGAACCAGGAGAGAAAGGAGACCAUGGACCACCUGGGCCAGAAGGCCGUGCUGCUUUUCUUGAUCCAGAAGUGCAGGCAGAGCUCAGAGGUCUGGAGCAAAAGAUCCGGAGACUUGAAGGAGUUCUGGCUUUGAGGGGAAUGUUAAAUAAGGUGGAACACAAAAUAUUUGCUACCAAUGGAAAGACAGUUCGUUUUGAAGCAAUACUCGAAACAUGUCAACUUUUGGGGGGUUCCGUUGCAAAACCCAUGGAUGAAAAGGAGAAUGAUGCUGUUCUGAAAAUUGUGAAAGAGAAUAAUCAAUAUACCUACUUGGGAAUUAAGGAGAGUUCAGUUCCAGGAGUAUUUGAAUAUUUAAAUGGCGCUCCUGUGAAUUAUACCAACUGGCGUCAAUAUGAACCAAAUGGAAAAGGGGCAGAAAAUUGUGUUGAGAUGCAAACUGAUGGAAGCUGGAAUGACAAAAGAUGCAAUCAGUAUCGUCUCAUUAUCUGUGAAUUUUAAAACCUUUUGUCCUUUAACAUUUAAACCAAUGGAAUUGCCAGGGCUUCUGGGAACGGUAGCUCUCUGACUGCACCCAAGAUAUUUUGUUGGAAAGUCUUCAUCAGUCUCAAUCUACUACAAUUCCCAAUGUUCUGAAUGGCAACAUGAGAGUCAAACUGGUAACAAAUGUGAGGACCAGGGUUUUGAUGCUGAUGUGGGUGGGAAGAAUCAAGCAUUCCCAAUUUCUGGAUACUUAAAAGGAAUUAAAAUAUUGAUUUACAGAUGAUUAGGGUUUGAUUGUUCUUCUGAGUUAGAAAUGAUUUAUCUCAAACAUGCUUAAGUCCAACUAAACAACAGAACAGUUUUGUACAAAUGCAAAUUCAGAUAUUCUGAAAAUAAUAUGACCCUUUCUGAUUUUCUGGUGUCUUUCUGAUUAUUCUGGUGUCUUUCAAAAACUAAUGUAACUCUGGACAUGAAUGUCAUAAUUAUCUAUCUAUCUAUCUAUCUAUCUAUCUAUCUAUCUAUCUAUCUAUCUAUCAUCUAAAUAUCUAUCUUAAAAAAAAAUUACUGAGGCCAUUGAAGAAGUUGGCCAAGAGGAAAGGAUUCAGAGGAUAUUACUCUGAUCAAUUUUACA